AUGGCCCUGGAUUGGCUCAAGACUUCUCUUCCUUGGGUAGAUAAAAACGAUUCUGACGAUCACAAAUUUGCUGGGCAGGCGAUCCGAUCUCCAGGUUCUGCCUCGCGAGAAACGGGGUUUACGAACCAGCCCUUUUCAACGAUUUUGACACAAGGAGGAGACGGUUUUGACCUAACCCUCCCUGUCGCGCGGUUGACGGGGAGGCUCGGUCCCCCUUCUCCACGGCCCGCUUCACCCCCGAUAGUGCCACGCUCGUUAUCAUCUCCCUCGCUAUUAGCCUCGAGCAGUCCAUUGAAGGUUUCGCCGUCUUCCGCUACCAGUGAGUCGGCGUUAAAUCCCACUGGAGUAGCGAACGUCACCCCAGCAGUUCAACAAGCAGCAGCAGGCUCGGCAACAGGCUCGGCAGCUGCGAGGCCGAAAACGGCUGGUUCGGGAAGAGCGAUGGCGUCGCCGCCAGGGACACCCCCGAGCACGUGGAGGGUUCGAUCGCGUGAACGAAUGGCGGUUAGAAAAGCUAAAGGGCUGAUCGGAGCCGCUCAUGAGAGCCCCGAGUGGCUGAUGGAUCUGGGCCGUCGGAUGAACAUCCCAUUCGAUCUACUGGCAGUAUUUUCGGACAAGUGUCAGCUACCCACUCCCCGGCACCCCUCCGCGUCUUCCACGGACCCUCGCUCCGCGCCGACGCCCGAGUGCGUGCAAGCGGCGCACCUAAUCAACCACACCGUGGAGACCCGCCUCUCGUCCUCCUCCUCGACUGCAGCGGCGGAAGUGGCGGCAAUGGCGGAGCGUGGCGCCUCUGCAGCCGCGGCUGCAUCCGGUGGCACGAGCGCUCCUGCUCCUGCUGCUUUUGCCGGUGCUGAUCCUCCAGUUGCGGCGUCAAGAGGCGUAGGUGUGACUGUGCUAGGAAGUGCUACAACAGGGGCCGCCGCAGGAGGAGGAGGAGCUAACGGGGGAGGAGUCGUGGCUUUAUCUAGCUCUACGAAGGAACAGCAGCCCGUUGCUGCCACUGCGGCCAGGACCUAUAACCCCGAUAGUCGCUCUCCCGCUAUUAGAGCAGCCCCGGUCCCAAGGCCCGCGGCUAGGGCACCAGCGCCAGCGCCAGCACCCGCUGCGACUGAGAGAUGGGGAUGGGGAAAGAGCAGCAGCAGUAGCAGCAGGGGGUUGUGGGGCAGGAUAAAUAAGGGAGCGGGCAAGAAAGACGCGAAGAAGAAGGUGCAGAAACUGCCAGAGGCAAGCAGGGCGGAGCGAAACUCGAUCAUGGACGGAACCCUAGUCCCGGCCAGUCGCGCGGUCAACCCGCCCAUGUCCCGCAAUCCCAUGUUCGAGCCCGUAGGCGCGUCUAAGAGGCGCGCGGCGAGGCAGCCGGGGCUGCGCGUGCCGAUGUGCAUCAAGACGGUGAAGGUGCAGAUCGGGGAUACGCUGGCGGAGAUUGCCCAGAACCACCGCACGUCGAUUCGGGACCUGCAGAGGUUGAACAAUCUUCGGUCGGAUUUUAUUGUUGAGGGCGACACGCUCAUCGUCUCGUGCUCCAACCAGCGUCGUUACGUACCAGAGCUCAGGCCUGGCAUUCGCCGGACCUGUCGCCCCCUCUUUUCCCCGCUCUCUCCAUCAUCGACUUUGCCAAAGCUGCCCGCAAGGCUUGGCGUGGGAGGUCCGGCAGCAGGCACCAUUGUGAAAGCGGGCUCAGCAGCAGGGGGACGAGUUUCUCUGCUAGAAGGGCGGUGGAGGCGGGGCCCCAAGGGCUUCCCCAAGUCGAUGGACGGCUGGCUGCGAUUCAACUGCCCUGUCGUGGACGGCUUCGUCAGCAGUCCCUUUGGCUGGCGAUGGGGAUCCUUCCAUGAGGGCGUGGAUCUAGCAGCGGAGUUUGGGGCGCCAGUGCUGGCGUCAGACAAGGGCGUCGUGACGUUUGCAGGCUGGAGCGGAGGGUAUGGCAAGCUGGUGACAAUAGCACAUGACAACGGUUUCACAACUCGUUAUGGCCACUGCUGCAUCAUCAAUGCACGGGUUGGGCAGCGAGUGGCAAGGGGGCAGCAGGUGGCGUGUGUGGGGGCAACCGGGCGAGCCACCGGCCCGCACUUGCACUUUGAAGUCCGCAAGAGAGGGGAAGCGUUGGAUCCGUUCAAGUGGUGCAAUCUAUGA